AUGGAUCUCAACAUACCCCUCUUCCCUCUUUCUCUCUCGAUCUGCACAGCCGCAUUCCUCUCGAUUCGGAUCAAGCAUUAUUCCGCAGCAAGGGAGUCAGCGACUUGUUACUUCCCCGAAGCUGCCGAGGGGAAAGUGGACGGAAAAACAAUGCCUCUCUCAGAUUACCUCAGCAACCCAUAA